CACAAUAAAAGGAGAGGGCAUGACGAGCCCUAACCUUAACAAGUUGCUUGUCAAAGCAGUCAAGUUCCUGCUUGACAGUACAUCUCGCAUUUUCGCCCGUCACACCAACAAGACGCUCGGAUGCCAUCUGGGAAUCCGGGACCGAGUGAUCGCUUCAAGAACCACUGCAACAAGUGUAAGUCACAUCCUUCUUCCAUGGCCGCAGCAGUACGACGUGCAGCGUGACCUCAAAUUUGACAUCGUUGCCGGUGUCACCGUCUCCAUAGUGUUCACCUUGGAGGAGAUAUCACUCUUCACCAUCAUGAACGUGCCGGCCACCACAGCCUGUAUAUAGCCCUAGUGGUCUACGCCAUCUUCGGCUCCUCUACGGCGUUGUCUGAGCCAGAAGCUCCAAGAUUUCUCUAGCGGUGGGAAUGUUUUGAAGAUAUCGACGACCAGGACGAACGUGUAACCAACAGCAUCGUAGUGACCCUCCUCUCUGGCAGAUAAUAAUUCUGAUGAAAUUACAAAAUUGAUCAGAAGGUUAACCUUUUUUUAGUCGUAUUCGGACAUGGCCUGGAUUCUAAUCGGGC